AAAUUAGUUAUAUCAUCAUAGACAAUAUGUUACCAGCUAUAAUAAUCAUACAGAUGAAUAGACAAAAACAGCUUAAAACCAGUGGAUAAAGGACCAGUUUGUUAGUUAUUUGCCAAGAAGGAUAUCAAAGUAAAUCCAGAAAAAAAUGGAUAUCAAAACCAUGUUCAUACUGAUGUUAAUGACAACAACCAUCAUUAUUCAAAUAACUCAAGGCAAACCACAGGGCAAGGAAACAGAAAAUGCUGGUGAAAUGCAGAAGCAAGGAGACAUCAAAGAAACUGGAAAGAGAAUUGUUGACAAAAAUGCCGACAGAGACAUUUUGAGAGCAAAGAAAGAAUUGAAUGGAAAAAAGAGAAAAGAAAAUAACGAAAAAAGAAAAAUCAAGGUUGGAAAAAAAGAAAAACACACUGAUACAAACAAUGAUAUUGAACAAGCAGUUCGAAAUUACAAUGAAAAACAAGAAAGGAAAAAAAAUGUGCAAGUGGUGGAAAAAGACAGCAAUGAAAGAAGAAGACAAGUGAGAGAACUUGAAAAAGAAAUGGAUCAUGUGCAAACAGGUGAAAAUGGUAAGGAGAGAAAAGAAAAAAAGUUUGUCCAUAAAUUUUGGAAACAAAAGAGGAAUGCAUUAAGAAGAGAGAGGAAAGUUGAGCAUCAAGAUUUAGAAGCUGGAGAGGCUAUUGCUAAACGUAGAACAGAAAAGCAAAGUAUUAGAGCACAAAAGAGAGAUGUUAGAAGAGAGAAACGAGGUCUAGGAAGUGAAAAAGAAAGUCUACGAAGAGAGGAACGAAGUCUAGGAAGAGAGGAUCAAAGUCCACCAAGAGAGAAGAAAAGUUGUAAACCACUCCGAAGAAAGUGCCGAACAUCAGAAGAGAGUUUCCUAGAGAUGUUUAAGGAUCACAAGGACUUGAAGGCUCUCGUAAAGUUUUUGGAUGAGAAAUAUGAACUGGCUCAGAUAGUAAGAGAUCACCCUCAUAUAACUCUUGAGGAGUUGCAAAACAUACUAUUGAACAAAAGUAAGUAAUGCUUUUCGAAAGCAUUGAUAUAAUAUUACAAGGCAUAACUUUAAACUCUGAAAAACUAAAAUUAGGUAUGCUUUACAGAGGCAUGGAUACAGAUAUUUUAUGAGUGUAAAAGAAAGUGGAAGGAAAUAUGAUAAAUAUUUUAAGUUACGGGGCUAGUUGGUGAUGAAAUAUGUAAUAUACAGGGCAAAGGAAAUCAUAUAUGGUUUCCUGCGCCCCUGUUUAUCCAAUUUGAAGUCCCUUACUAAUCCUGUAAUAUAUAUUAUAUCAGAUUAACAACAUGUUGAAAUUGAUAAAUGUUCCUUUAAUUCAUUGUAAUCAGAAAAAGACGCCAUUUUGGUACGAUAUAAACAGAAGUGACCUAAUUUGGAAAAAUAUGGGGUCACUGCAUGACCUGUCUGUCCUUGACCAAUGGCAUUGUGUCAUUCAUGUUGGAGGCAAGAUCUUAUACAUGACGACAGGCAAAACUUAAGGCCAGAGUUGUUUUCUAAUUUAAAUCACAAGUGUUGCAGGUGAUGUAACUGUUUUGUUCCCUGUUGUUAAGGACAAUGUUCAAUAAUUACCAUGUGGUGUCAGUGAGUAGCAAUGAAUUAAUAAGCCUAGGUAGGUGUUAUUAUAGAACAGUUACACUCAUUGUUCUUGUCACUGUUCCAAAUGGAAUAUUUUGUGUAGACAAACAAUGAAAAUACUACGUGGAUAUCAAACUUUGGGGGGGGGGAGGCAAUUAUUUAAAUAGUGUAUACGUGGGUGUCUUUUUUUGCUAAUUUGAACAUGACAAGGGUAAUUUUGCUUCUGUAGGGGGAUGGCAUAAUUUGAGCCAUUACGUAAUAUUAGAAAAUUCCUUUUGGUUGUAUAACAUGUGAUACCAUGUUAUAAAAAAUAAUUGUUUGGGUAAGGAGUGAAAGAAAUAUUUUACAUGUUUUUCAAAGAGAGAAAACUAUAGAAUUAGAUACUAUUAAAUAGAGUAAAUAUUAUAGUCGAAACCUGUUGGUUUGAUAUCCCAGGGACUGGCCAAAAUACUAUGAUCCUAGCGAAUAUUGAUCCAAGAGGAAAUGCUUACACAGGGUUCUCAAUAAGUUUCGGUUGAACCGUCUCAAAUAGUAAAGUAACCGACCAGCUUCUACUUAUUCUACUGAAAAUUCAUUUAGUUUUCCAAAUUUGAAUCGGCCCUAUUGCCAUUUGAACUGUCCAUUUUGGCCGGCAGCCGGUUCUUAAUGAGAACACUGUUACACAGAGUAUAUCCAGUUUCAGCCAUCGAGGAAAUAAACCCAAGCAAUAUCAAGCCAAUAGAUUUAGACUGUAGCUUGUUUUUCUUGGAUUCAUUUCAAUUUUGUAAAAUUGACUGUCAAAAUGUUAUAAGGUUAUGUUGGACUAAAUUGAUGAUGAAUUAUUUGAUCAAUAAAACUUAUUAGCUACA